AUGGGGACAGAGCGCGAGCUGACGGGCGGAGAUGACAACGAUGGGAAUGCCGGGGACAGUGCUAGUGUAAGUAUAGCAUAUUAUUGGAAUGUUUUUACCGACUGUAGGUGAAUGGGAAUAAUUUGAAUUUUUAACAACCAAAACAGGUUAGGUCUAAAUGACAAGUAGAAGGUCAUUGUGAUGCCAUAUCACCCGAGAAGCCUAUGCGUUCGAAUGAUAACGCACGUUUUGUCAACAUAAAAUUAGCUUUAAGUACUUAAAUAGAACACAUAGGUUUUAGGACAUUCACUAAGAAUAAAUGCGUUUACAGUGUGUGACUGACUCCGGGGUGUGUGUGUGUGUGUGUGUAACGCAACCCAGAAAGAUAUGUGACCACUUGGUUACAGCGACACCGUUCUGCUGAGGUCACCCAAACCAGUGUCCACAGUAAAGCCCAAGAGACUUUGCUGUAGCCCUGCUUGGGAAGGCUCUAGCCUAUAUUUACUAUUGUUUGAGACGCAGGGCCGUUAGGGUAGGCUAUGUCAGGGUGGGAAAUUGGAAAUGUGAAUUGGGCCAAGUUGGAGGUAGUAAUGCAUUUAGUUUAUAGUUAAUUGAGUUGCAUGAAUACACCACACCAAAAUAUUGUAUGGCUAUUUUAAAACAAAUUUCCUGCAAUUAUGUGUAGUAAUGAUUUAUGUUCACUACUUGGUCAAUUGAUUUAAUGACUAAAUCUAUGCAAAUAAAUUAUAUGAAUUGAUAGCUUUACCUCUUUAAGGAAUACCUGGGAUAGGAUAAAGUAAUCCUUCUACCCCCCCACCCCCCCACCCCCCCACCCCCCACCCCCCCCAAAAUAAAUAAAUAAAAAAUAAUAAUUGUAAAGUGGUUAUCCCACUGGCUAUAGGGUGAAUGCACCAAUUUGUAAGUCGCUCUGGAUAAGAGCGUCUGCUAAAUUACGUAAAUGUAAAAUGUAAAUGUAUAGCUAAGCCCUCUGUUUUCUUUUAUUCUGAGCCACUCAGAGCCAAUAUGCUUUGAUUGAAACAAAAUACAAGAUAGGCUAAAAAUGUGUUAACAUCAUCUGCUCUAAUUCGCUCACGAAACAGUAAUUCAAGAUGAUCGAAAUGCCUAGGCUAUUCCCAUUAAACUGAUUGAGAUCAAUCAAAUGAUUUGCAUGCAGAUGGGGUUUCACCGGUAAAACGUGAAUAAUUAUCAUUCACAAUUGCCAGUGAUAAUGGCCUAUUUGGUGUUUUGAGGGUAUUAAAAAUAUAACAUUUUCUUGAGACAAUAUUUACAUUUACAUUUACAUUUACGUCAUUUAGCAGACGCUCUUAUCCAGAGCGACUUACAAAUUGGUGCAUUCACCCUAUAGCCAGUGGGAUUACCACUUUUACAAUAUAUAUAUAUAUAUAUAUUAUUUUUUUAGGGGGGGGUAGAAGGAUUACUUCUGUGUGGGCAUAGGCAGACGUUGCAAUUUGAGGAUGCAUUUUAUGCAGAUUUUAUAACAGGGCUCUCCAACCCUGGUCCUGUUCCAACCCUGUUCCUGUUCCAACCCUAAUCUAGCGCACCUGAUUGUAAUAAUUAGCUGGUUCAUAAAAUGAAUCGGGUUAGUUACAACUGGGGUUGGAGUGAACCCCUACAUGAUGGUAGUACUCUAGGAACAGUAUUGGAGAGCCAUGAUAGGUUAUUCAAUAGACUACAUCUGUCGGUACAAACAUUGAGGAAAUGAUGACGCCAUGUACAUAUUUUCUGCGCUACACACUGCAGAAGCCAAAAUGCAACCAUCCUGUGCUCAUUAUGAACAGGGUAAAUAAAGGACCUUGAAUGACAGCACCAUGGAGAUGUUCACCCGGAGACUUCUGCCACUAUUUUGAUUUGCCGUUGACCACGUUUUAGCCUUCUCCAUUUACAUUGUGUCAUAGCCUACACUUGGAUUAGCCUACACUGUCAUUCAUUAAAAUUGAUUAUUUUACCGCACCAUAAUUGCAGCCCAAUGUAUGCACGAUUUAUGCAAUAAACGGAGAUAUAUUGCGGCGCUGUAUUUUUUUUUUUAGCUGUGCUACAGAAGGAUAUAUCGGUCCACUAAUACAGGACUAGUAAAUGCCCAGUGUACUACUUUUGUGAGAAAAAAAAAUAUAUAUAUAUAUAUACUCUACCGUUCAAAGUUUGGGGUCACUUAGAAAUGUCCAUGUUUUCGAAAGAAAAGCAAUUUUUUUGUUCAUUAAAAUAACAUCACAUUGAUCUGAAAUUCAGUGUAGAUAUUGUUGAUGUUGUAAAUGGCUAUUGUAGCUGGAAAGGCUGAUUUUUUAUGGAAUAUCUACAUAGGCUUACAGAGGCCCAUUAUCAGCAACCAUCAGUCCUGUGUUCCAAUGGCACGUUGUGGUUGCUAAUCCAAGUUUAUCAUUUUAAAAGGCUAAUUGAUCAUUAGAAAACCCUUUUGCAAUUAUGUUAGCAGAGCUGAAAACUGUUGUGCUGAUUAAAGAAGCAAUACAACUGGCUUCUUCUUGAGACUAGUUGAGUAUCUGGAGCAUCAGCAAUUGUGGGUUCGAUUACAGGCUCAAAAUGGCCAGAAACAAAUAACUUUCUUCUGAAACGCAUCAGUCUAUUCUUGUUCUGAGAAAUGAAGGCUAUUCCAUGCGAGAAAUUGCCAAGAAACUGAAGAUCUCGUACAACGCUGUGUACUACUCCCUUCACAGAACAGUGCAGAACUGGCUCUAACCAGAAUAGAAAGAGGAGUGGGAGGCCCGGUGCACAACUGAGCAAGAGGACAAAUACAUUAGAGUGUCUAGUUUGAGAAACAGACGCCUCACAGGUCUUCAACUGGCAGCUUCGUUAAAUAAUACCCACAAAACACCAGUCUCAACGUCAACAGUGAAGAGGCGACUCCGGGACGGUGACCUUCUAGGCAGAGUCGCAAAGAAAAAGCCAUAUCUCAGACUGGCCAAUAAAAAGAAAAGAUUAAGAUGGGCAAAAGAACACAGACACUGGACAGAGGAAGAUUGGAAAAAAAAGUGUUAUGGACAGACUAAUUGAAGUUUGAGGUGUUCGGAUCACAAAGAAGAACAUUUGUGAGACACAGACCAAAUGAAAAGAUGCUGGAGGAGUACUUGAUGCCAUCUGUCAAGCAUGGUGGAGGCAAUGUGAUGGUCUGGGGGUGCUUUGGUGGUGGUAAAGUGGGAGAUUUGUACAGGGUAAAAGGAAUCUUGAAGAAGGAAGGCUAUCACUCAAUUUUGCAACGCCAUGCCAUACCCUGCCCUGCCGACGGCGCUUGAUUGGAGCCAAUUUCCUCCUACAACAGGACAAUGACCAAAAGCACAGCUCCAAACUAUGCAAGAACUAUUUAGGGAAGAAGAAGUCAGCUGGUAUUCUGUCUAUAAUGGAGUGGCCAGCACAGUCACCGGAUCUCAACCCUAUUGAGCUGUUGUGGGAGCAGCUUGACAGUAUAGUACGUAAGAAGUGCCCAUCAAGCCAAUCCAACUUGUGGGAGGUGCUUCAGGAAGCAUGGGGUGACAUCUCUUCAGAUUACCUCAACAAAUUGACAACUACAAUGCCAAAGGUCUGCAAGGCUGUAAUUGCUGCAAAUGGAGGACUCUUUGACGAAAGCAAAGUUUGAAGGACACAAUUAUUAUUUCUAACCUUGUCAAUGACUACAUUUCCUAUACAUUUUGCUAUAUUUCCUAUUCAAACUCAUUUCAUGUAUGUUUUCAUGGAAAACAAGGACAUUUUUAAGUGACUCCAAACUUUUGAAUGGUAGUGUUUAUAUAUACAUAUAUAUUUUUUUAUUAAUAUAUAUUUUUUAAAUUCAGUUUUUUCAGGGGGUGCUGCAGCACCCCUACUUCCCGCGGCUAUAGUCGUUUCCAUUUUCGUCUCCAUGGAGAGAAUUUAUACCCCCAUUUAUCUCAUGGUGGAUUAAGUUCUGCGCACAGGAUGGGAUGACACCAUAUAAAUAAUGCAGAGCGUUUUGGAGCGGAUGGGGUUACUGGGCGCCUCGCCAUGACCUGAGACAUUAAAACAGACCACAUAUCGGUACCACCUCAUGCAUGUUACAUAUGUUUUUUUUUCUCCAUAUGAUCGACAUUUACAUAGUGGGUACCUGGAGGAAAAUGGGGGAGGGUCAUGCUUUUUCAAUUUCAGUCAAGGGGAGGGUUUAUUCUUUUUUUAAAUCUAGUCCAGGGUAGAGUCAUGUAAUUUGUAAUUGAUGACAUUUCUGUAUUUCUCAGUGUUUUAGUAUUAGUUGCUUAUUAGGUUAUAUAUCGAUGGGUGCCCGAUGCCACCCCUCAUCUCUGAUUCUCCGCUAUUUGCUAUUUAGUGUGGCCUCAAUCAAAUGAUCCAUAGCCUAUAGGCUACGAAGUGCAUGCUAGGAGAAGCAGAGAGCAAAGUUAUAUUUCUAAGAUAGCUGCUGGGAUGGUGUAAAUAAAACUAGGCUGCAUUACACACCGCAAUGGCUAUUCCAACCCUGAGCCCUGGUCUGCUCUGCUCUUGCUGAUCAAAAACUGUUUUGUGUGCUGCCUAACCAAUGGUUAUGCUGUGUAGGCCUACAGGGGCCAUUCAGGAGGAGAGUCAAAGGCUUCUUCCGAAAAAUGUUUUGAUUACAUCUUGUCCAAAAAAUGCAUGUGGACUAGCCUUGCUGCUACUAUAAUAGAUUUGAUUAAAAACAAUAUGAUUCUUGCCCAUGAUGUAGGCCUUUUUAUCAUAGUUAUUGACCUCACAUUAAGCCAGAUUUGAGUAAUUUACAUUGUGGUGCUGAAACUUGAAGCAGCAGCUGCGGCACAAUCAAUCAGAAAUUCAGAGGCUGAGCUACAACCUUCUAUAACUGAGUAGACAAAAAAUGGAUGUUGCUUGGGACAUAAUCUAAUUCUGUCACUACCAAUUGAUUAAACAAUUAACUUUCUGUACAAUAUAUGUUUAAACCCAGACAGCUUUUAGGGAAACACUUGUGACCUUCUGUCGUUGGGUUAAGCCAUGGAAGAAUAGCCAGCAGUUAAAGCUUAAAUGUUUCUGUGUCGGUAGGUCUACUCUGUCUACGUGGAAAAGUAGGCCUAACUUUUCAAAGUACUAUGUUCAGAUUCCUAAUGAUAUCUCAGAUUUAAUUAUUUGCAAACAGGGACAGUUUCGUUGCAAACAAGACACACUGAUUUGGCAUUGGAGAAUAUGAUAGGAAUAGCAUGUAGGCCUAUUUCUGUCCAUUCUGUCAUUUCUGUCAUUUGUGUGGUAUUAAAAAAUAUUCCCGCUAAUAUGUAAAAUGACGUAGAAUUGUAUGAAAUGUUUAUAAAAGGCAAAUUUUUCUCGGACCUGCAAAUAUGAUGAUAGAUUCAUGCAAUGCUUUUACUAUAAAGGAGAUCUUUCCACUCCUACUCUUGUCCAUGGGGUUCUACGGACCCACAACCUUCUGGCCUGCAGCCUUGUGCACUAUCAAAAUUCCUCCGUUGCCAUAUAAUGCUUACUGGACGAAGAACAGUUUCUAAAAACUGCAUAUCUAAGGCUCUGGUCUGUCCAAGAAUUGAGGGUAAACGGUAAACAUAUUCUCUGCUAUCCACUUUUUUUUCUAUUUUUUUUGCAUUCAGGGAGGGUUUAGGUUAGAUAUAUUUAGCUGAAGGGAGGGCCAUCCGUUUUCAUUUCUGAGAGGUCCGAUUUUCUCCAUGCAACAUUCACUCCCCUACUACUUUCAAUAUUCGACUCCAGUUUUCCCUGUACCGCCAUUACGCACGGGUAAAAAUGGAAAUAUUCCGUACAUAGGCCAUCUGACCAGUCCUUCCUUCCCCACCAUAUCCCUGCUUUACUUGAUCAUUGUUUUCUGCCCCUCCAGUCCCCAAGAGCAGUAUUAGUCACAGGUCCUGUUUAUAAGGCCUUCCUUGAGAAAAACAUUUAAUACCCAUUUGAUCACAAAGUCUCGGGAAGACCUAGUUGGAUCCAUGCCAAUUUCAUUUGCAUCUACUAACCACUGUAACUGUAAUCAAACACCAUUUGUUGCCACGAUAUCUGUGGUUGAUUAGCAUACAUACUGCAUACAUUAAACAGUCUGUGCUCUGUUGAUGAUACAAUACAACACAUAUGUUCAAUCUGCAUUUGGUUAGUGUUGAGAGUGUUGGUGACUUACAGUAUACUGGCCCACCAAGACAGUGGCACUUUAUUCUCUAUUUGAAAGAACCGGUCUUCUUAUGUUAUGGUGUUUUGCAGUGUGGGGAAAUAAAAGGAUGUCUAGAUUGCGGAUGCAAUGAUGUUGUUGCUACUACAUGUUGCUGAUGUGCUAUAUUGCAUGUGAUGUUCCUGUAUGAUCUCCAGGUUGAGGAUGUGUCUGUGGAGGUGGCCACGGUGGACCACACCCUCCAGGGGCUCUGUAGGAGGUACAACGCCCGCAGCAGGGCCAGACGUAUGUCACGCAUCAGGACCCAGCUGCCCAGGAAGAGCUGGGCUCCUCUGUGGAACCUCCAGAACCUGACCAUCCUGAUCACCGUGGUCGUGUUUGUGGUCGUGGUCAUUGUGUGGUCACUGCUCUGGGUCUUCAUAUGUGAGUUAACUUACAGGGAGACUCAAACACAACAUCCUUCUCACAUGCACACAUUUUCACAAAUAUUUUAGUUCUCUAAAUCUUCUUGAUUUAAUUAUUGAUUGAAUAGUUAAUUACAUUGUAUAUUUAUUCUCAGUUCGCAGGGAGAGCAACAGCGGAGUGUAUUUUGCCGGAAUGUUCCGUGUUGCCAAUGUAGAUUUUAUCCCCGAAUACCGCCAGGCAGAGUCCCAUGAGUUUGUUUCCAUGGCAAACAAGAUACAGCACGUGGUGAGUGUGAGAUGAUUUACUAUUUUCAGCACUGGUCAAAUACACUGAACAAAUACACACCCUAAGCUUGGAGCUCUCAGCUACAUCUAUAGGGUAGAAAUAAAAGUCCUUCAUUAUGUUCAUGGUGACUAAUAGUAUCCCCCCACAGGUGAGCAGUGUGUACAGAAUGUCCUCAGUGUCUAAACUCUACAAACUCACCACCAUAUCAGACCUCAGGUACACUGUGAAUCAGUCACUGAUUGGUUGAAUCAGAUGUUAUAGUGUUUGGUUGGAACAAACCCUUGCACACAUAUAUAUUUUUCUCUCUCUCCUCACAGUGAUAACAAGGGUGGUCUGCUGGUGCAUUUCUGGAUGGUGUUUGUGGUGCCGAGCCUGAAGACUCCAGCCGUGUGUGAGGAGUGUGUAGGAGCUAUCCUCAGAGACUCAGUCCUCACCAGCCUGAAGAACAGGUCCUCUAUAGGGUACCUUCUGACCCUGCCCGUAGAUAUAGAUUCCAUACUCGUUAAUGGUGAGUGUGUAUGUCUGUGGGGUAGGUUUGUGUGAUCUCAAUAUAUCCUUUGUUGAUGUUAUUUUUUCCUCCUCAGCUGCUCUACGAUCAGAUUACACAUCAAUUGCAGCAGGUGAGUUAAGUCAAUGAAUCAGUUAGUUUUUUUGCCACAUUAUGUUCACUAUGUUCAUACUUAUUAGCAUGGCUGUGGUACAGUGAGAGUUGAAGCCAAAGCCCUCCUCCCUCCCUCCCUCUGUGCUCCAGGCUCUCAGUGUGUGGACAAGCUAUAUGCCAGCCUGCCAGGCUCCAGUGUUCCCCUAAACGUCUACUCAUCAUGGGGAGGUCUGAGCUGCUACGUCAAGCUGACGUCUACCCCUGACUCUCUGAUCCGCCUCACCAUUACAUCCCUGCUCAUUGAGCCCAGCGACUGUGUCAGCGACGCCCUCACCGUGUACGACGCCCUGCUGCCCAUGAGGGGGCGCACUCUCUACAGGUGAGUCAGUGUGACUGUGGAUGAAUGGAUCUACGGGUGUGUGAAUAGUGAAUAGACAGACAGAGAUACAUAGACAGACUGACAGAACUCCGACCAACCGACCGACUGAACAGUCUCUAACACUGUCCAUGUCCUGUAGGGUGUGUGAGCCGGUGUCCCAGUCCCUGUCUCUGGUCUCCACGUCCAACGUCAUGCUGCUGUCCUUCAGGAUGACCCAGGGCAACAAGAACUUCAGAGGACACUUCCAGGCCAUCGCUGAGGAACGUAAGACAGAUUCUCUCACAAUAAUACUCUCCUACUGACAGACUGGUAUUUUAUCUCGUUGCUGUGUGUCUCCCUACCAGAACGUGUGACUGACAUAGAGACCCAGGCAGAGCCAGGUUUCUCUGGUCAGAUCUCCAGUCCCUUCUACCCCAGCCUACUGCCCCCUCAGUGCUCCUGCACAUGGAGGUUUAAGGUAUUUAAGUAUUUUUAGCUCACAUUCACCCCAUUUACUUAUAUUGAUGAAACGUCAACAGGCUUCAUGUGUUGUUGUCCACAGACCCCCCACAGUGCUCUGGGAGUAGCUCUGAAGUUCCAGAACUAUGUCCUGAAGCUGAAGGACAUAACGGCCUGUGAGCAUGGCUGGUGGAAGGUCAAGGAGAUAAUGUAAGUGUGUGUGUGUGUGUGUGUGUGUGUGUGUGUGUGUGUGUGUGUGUGUGUGUGUGUGUGUGUGCAUGACUGUCUGUUUUAAUGUAUGUGUAUUUUGUGUCCCAUAUCCAGAACCAAUGGACAGAUUGAUUUCCAGAUUGGUUCGUUAUUUGAUUGAUUGAUUGUGUGCUGGUGUCCAUAGAUACUGCGGCAGCUACAUAGGCCACACCACAGUGUUCCGUAUCCCUGACCAAAACGCUGAGGUGGAGUUCCGCAGCAGCUCCCGGAGCUCUGACCAGCCCUUCCAGGCCGAAUCCAGUAGCUUCAACAUCAGCCAACGUAAGAACUUCAUUAGGACCUCUUUCUCUAUCUUGCUUCCUUCCAUCUCUCACUACUUCCUUACCCAUCACCUUCACUGAAUCUGCAUCUUGUUAAUUUCUGUAUUCAUUUUAAUUUCACUACCAUAGUCCUGAGACAGUAGAAGAACCACACUGCACACUCACCUCUCUCUCCUACUAUGCCCCUGUCUCCCCCUUCCCUCCCCCUGUCCCCCCCCCGUCUCCCCCUUCCCUCACCCCUGCCUCCCCCUUCCUUCCCUCCCUCUCUCUCUCUACCCCUUCCCUCCCUCUCUUUCCCCCUUCCCUCCCUCUCUUUCCCCCUUCCCUCCCCCUGUCUCCCCCUUCCCUCCCCCUGUCUCCCCCUUCCCUCACCCCUGUCUCCCCCUUCCCUCACCCCUGUCUCCCCCAGCGUGUGCAGAGGGCCAUUUCCUGUGCUCCACAGGGCUGUGUGUGGAGAAGACCCGGCGCUGUGAUGGUCUGGACGACUGUCAGGAUGAGAGUGACGAGGUCUUCUGCGGUAUGUAAACAGGAAUUAACAACAGCAGCAUAAAUGCUAGAACUUCAGUAUUGACAUCAGCAAAAUUGUUGUUAUAAACUGAUAUAUUCCUUUAAAUGUAUAUUUUCCCUUUCAGCAAGGCCUAGUAAGAACUGUGGAGGCUCCAGUCCUCUUCACCCACUGUACAUGUGCAACGGAGAGAGAGACUGCAUCGACGGCAGGGACGAAACCAACUGCACUCUGGGUAGAAAGGAAUCCUAUCCUGUUUUUAUAUGUGUGCACACUAUAUAUACAAAAGUAUGUGGACACCCCUUCAAAUGAGUGGAUUCGUCUAUUUCAGCCACACCCGUUGCUGACUGGUGUAUAAAAUCGGGCACACAGCCAUGCAAUCUCCAUAGACAAACAUUGGAAGUAGAACGGCCUUACUAAAGAGCUCAGUGACAUAGGAUACCACCUUUCCAACAAGUCAGUUCGUCAAAUUUCUGCCCUGCUAGAGCUGCUCCGGUCAACUGUAAGUUCUGUUAUUGUGAAGUCGAAACGUCUAGGAGCAACAACGGCAUAGUUGCAAAGUGGUAGGCCACACAAGCUCACAGAACGGGACCGCCGAGUGCUGAAGCAACACUCACUACCAAGUUCCAAACUGCCUCUGGAAGCAACGUCAGCACAAUAACUGUUCAUCUGGAGCUUCAUGACAUGGGUUUCCAUGGCCGAGCAGCUGCACACAAGCCUAAGAUCACCAUGUGCAAUGCCAAGCGUCAUCAGUGAAAACUCGUUCUCUGGAGUGAUGAAUCACGCUUCAGCAUCUGGCAGUCCGACAGACGAAACUGGGUUUGGUGGAUGCCAGGAGAAAGCUACCUGUCCGAAUGCAUAGUGCCAACUGUAAAGUUUGAUGGAGGAGGAAUAAUGGUCUGGGGCUGUUUUUCAUGGUUCGGGCUAAGCCCCUUAGUUCCAGUGAAGGGAAAUCUUAAUGCUACAGCAUACACUGACAUUCUAGAUGAUUCUGUGCUUCCAACUUUGUGGCAACAGUUUGGUGAAGACCCUUUCCUGUUUCAGCAUAACAAUGCCUCCGUGCACAAAGCGAGGUCCAUACAGAAAUGGUUUGUCGAGAUCGGUGUGAAAGAACUUGACUGGCCUGCACAGAGCCCUGACCUCAACCCCACUGAACACCUUUGGGAUGAAUUGGAACGCCAACUGUAAGCCAGGCCUAAUCGCCCAACAUCAGUGCCGACCUUAGGAAUGCUUUUGUGGCUAAAUGGAAGCAAGUCCCCGCAGCAAUGUUCCAACAUCUAGUGGAAAGCCUUCCCAGAAGAGUGGAGGCUGUUAUAGCAGCGAAGGGGGGACCAACUCCAUAUUAAUGCCCAUGAUUCUGGAAUGAGAUGUUCGAAGAGCAGGUGUCCACAUACUUUUGGUCAUGUAGUGUUUGAGAAAAAAGAAGAAACCCGCACACUGCUCUUGCUAGUAUCACUGCUCUUGCUAGUAUCACUGCUGAUGCUAGUAUCACUGCUCUUGCUAGUAUCACUGCUCUUGCUAUUAUUAUUAUUAUUAUUAUUAUUAUUAUCCUUAUCACUGCUGAUGCUAGUAUCACUGCUCUUGCUAGUAUCACUUGCUAGUAUACUGAGUGUGUGUUCCCUGGUGUUGUACAGAGACGAACUGCUCUGACAUCAGGUACAGGUGUAACAGUGGGUCCUGCAUCCUGAAGAAGAACGCCAGGUGUGACGGAAUCAUCGACUGCACAGACCACAGUGACGAGAGGGACUGUGGUGAGUCCUCAACCGGAACACAACCACAACUCAACCACAACAUAACCAUUCAUUUGGUUCAUCUCAACUACAGCGUGAACACAUACCAUUUUAUGGCAACUAAACCUCUCUCUCUCUAUCUCUCUCUCUCUCUCUCUCUCUCUCUCUCUCUCUAUAUAUAUAUAUAUAUAUAUAUAUAUAUAUAUAUAAAAAGAUCAAACCUUGAAUCUCAACCACUUUAAUCUCUACCACUUAUCUGCAGUUUCAGUCAGUCUAGCCAGCCCCAAAUAAUCCCCACACGGCUUUGUGUGAACCUCUGUCUGACCCUGUGUAUUUUCAUUAUGCUGCAGUUAUUUAAUAGGGUACUGUAGCUGCCCCCGCUGUAAUGGCUCUCUGUGUUUACUGGUAAUAUGCUGUGAUGGUAAUGGCUCUCUGUGUUUACUGGUAAUAUGCUGUGAUGGUAAUGGCUCUCUGUGUUUACUGGUAAUAUGCUGUGAUGGCCUCCUGUAGCUCAGUUGGUAGAGCAUGGCGCUUGCACCGCCAGGGUUGUGGGUUCGAUUCCCAUGGGGGGCCAGUAUGAAAAAUGUAUGCACUCACUAACUGUAAGUCGCUCUGGAUAAGAGCGUCUGCUAAAUGACUAAAAUGUAAAUGUAAUGGUAAUGACUCUCUGUGUUUACUGGUAAUAUGGUGUGAUGGUAAUGGCUCUCUGUGUUAUAUGAUGUUAUGGUAAUGUCUCCUGUGUUAUAUGCUGUGAUGGUAAUGUCUCUCUGUGUUUACUGGUAAUAUGGUGUGAUGGUAAUGUCUCUCUGUGUUUACUGGUAAUAUGCCGUGAUGGUAAUGGCUCUCUGUGUUAUAUGCUGUGAUGGUAAUGUCUCUCUGUGUUUACUGGUAAUAUGCUGUGAUGGUAAUGGCUCUCUGUGUUAUAUGAUGUGAUGGUAAUGUCUCUCUGUGUUAUAUGCUGUGAUGGUAAUGGCUCUCUGUGUUAUAUGCUGUGAUGGUAAUGGCUCUCUGUGUUAUAUGCUGUGAUGGUAAUGGCUCACUGUGUUAUAUGCUGUGAUGGUAAUGGCUCUCUGUGUUAGCUGGUAAUAUGCUGUGAUGGUAAUGGCUCUCUGUGUUUACAGGUAAUAUGCUGUGAUGGUAAUGGCUCUCUGUGUUUACAGGUAAUAUGCUGUGAUGGUAAUGGCUCUCUGUGUUUACUGGUAAUAUGGUGUGAUUGUAGUGGCUCUCUGUGUUAUAUGAUGUGAUGGUAAUGGCUCUCUGUGUUUACUGGUAAUAUGCUGUGAUGGUUAUGGCUCUCUGUGUUAUAUGAUGUGAUGGUAAUGGCUCUCCUGUGUUAUUUUUCUGUGUGGUAAAGGGUCCGGUUUAUGGUAAUGGCUCUCUGGUUUUUAAUGGUGUGAUGGUAAUGGCCCCCGCUUUUCUUUGGGUUUCCCCUGUGUUAUAUAUGGAUGGGAAUGGUUUUUUUUUUACUGGUAAUAUUUGAUGGUAAUGGCUCUUUUUUUUAUGGUACUUCCCGUGAUGGUAGGGCUCUCUGUGUUACUGGAAAUUUUGAUGGUAAUGGGUCUUGUGUUUAUGGGGAAAAUUGUGAUGGGAAGGCUUCUUUUUUUGGGGGGGGUUUCUGGUUUAAUGCUGUGAUGGGAAAGGUCUUGGUUUACUGGAAUAGGUUUUUGAUGGGGAGCUCCUUUUUUUAUUUAAUAUGUUAUGGAAUGGCUUCUGUGUUUACUGGUAAUAUUGUGAUGGUUUUGGCUCUCUGUGUUAUAUGAUUGAUGGUAAGCUUUUUUUUAUUGCGUGAUGGGAAUCUCUCGUGUUUUUUAUGGUGAUGGUUGCCCCUGGUUUACGGUAAAAUGCUGUUUAAAGGAAGGCUUUGGGGGUUUACUGGUAAUUGUUGAUGGUAAUGGUCUCUGUGUUAUUAUGUGAGGUAAUGGCUCUUGGAAUUUAAAAAUUGUGUGUGGUAAUGGCUCUUGGGUUUUUUAAAAUGGGUGGGGGAUGGUAAGCUCUCUGGGUUUUCUGUAAAUGCGUAUGGUAAAAAGCUUCCCGGUUUGGUAAUAUGGUGUGAUGGUAAUGGCUCCGGUUAUAUUGUAAUGGGAAAGGGUCUCUUGUUAUUUGAUGGUAAAAAGGCUCCGUGUUUUUAUGUGUGAUGGUAAUGGCUUCUGUUUUUUAUUUGGUGUGAUGGUAAGCUUUUUGUGUUUACUGGUAAUUGGUGGUGGGAACUUCUGGGGUUACUGGGAUUGCUGUGUGGUAAGGCUUCUGGGUUUUUAUUUUUGGGGAAAAUAUGCUGUGAUGGUAAAGGCUCUCUUUGGGUGUUUACCUGGUAAAGGGUUUGUGGGAUGGGGGGUUGGCUCUCUGUUUACUGGUAAAUGGUGAUGUAAGGCCCCUGUGUUUAUUUUUUAUGGGAAUGUCUCCUGUUUAUAGCGUGUGGGGAAUGUCUCGUUUUAAAGCUGUGAUGGUAAGGGGGAUUUUGUGUUAAAGGGGCCCCUUUUUUCAAAAUGCCGUGAUGGGUAAGGUCUCGUGUUAUAUGUGGAUGUGCUCUCUGUUUUACGGGGGAAAAUUUCUUUGGUUAAUGGCUCUCUGUUUAUGAUGUAGGUAAUUUCUCUCUGUUAUAUGCUUUAUGGUAAGGUCUCUUUUUUUGUGUUAAUGGUAAUAUGCGGAGGUAAGGGGUCCUUGUUACUGUUAAAAUUUUUGUAAAGGGGUCUCUUGGGUUUUCUGGUAAAAUGCGGAUGGUUGGGUCUCUUUUGGGAAAAAUCUGUGAUGGUAAUGGCUCUCUGUGUUUACUGGUAAUAUGGUGGUUUUUGGCCUCUUUAUAGAGGAUUGGUAAGGGGUUUUUUUUUUAAAAUGCUUGAUGGUUUUUUCUUUGUGAAAAAAUGUGUAGGAAGGGGUCCCGGUUUUUUUUAAAAUUUGGGUGGUUAAUGCCCUUUGAAAUGGGGGAAAAUUUCCGUGAAAGGGUAAGGGGAAAAAGGAGGAAGGGUCUCUGUUGUUUCUGGGGAAUAUGUUUGUGAUGGUAAUGGGGUUUGUGUUAGGAUAUGGGGGGGGGAUGGGAAUGGCUUUCUUUGGGUUUAUUUGUGAUGGUAAUGGUUUUGUUUAUUUGUGAUUAAUGGGUUUGUGUUUAGGAAUUUGGGGGUGUGGUUGAUUGGGAAAAGGGGGAAUAUGUGAGGGAAUCCUUGGGGUUUACUGGUAAUUGUGGAUGGGAAGCUCUUGGGUUUUCUGGUAAUAUGUGUGAUGGAAAAAGGUCUCGGGUUUAUGGAAAUUGGUGGGGAAAUCUUGGUUUAAAAGGGAGGUAAUGGCUCUCUUUUUACUGGUAUUUUUUUUGGAAUCUUUUUUUAUUGGGGAAAAUUGGGGUGGUUUGGGUCCCGGGUUUAUUGUUUUGAUGGAAAGGUCCGUUUUAUGUUGUUGGGAAUGGCUCUUGGUUUUACUGGUAAUAUUUUGGGUGGGGUAAUGGCUUCUGGGGUUUUAUAUGUUUUGAGGGAUGGCUCUCUGUGUUUUAUUUAGGUAAUGGCCUCUGGUUUACUGGUUAAUAAUAUGUGAUGGGGAAAGGCUCCUGUGUUAUUAUGUGGGUAAGGCUCUCUGGGUUUUUAAUUCGGGAUUGGUAAUGUUUUGGACUGGUAAUAUUGGGUAUGGGAAUGCUUCUUUGUUUACUGUUUAAAAUUGUGAUGGGAAGGGCUUCUGUGUUUAUAAAAGGGAAUGGAAUGGCUCCUUGUUUAUGGUUUGGGAAAAUUUGGGCCCCGUGAUUUUAUAAAUUUUGGGUCUCUGUUUACUUUUUGUAGGGUAAUGGCUCCUGUGUUUUAUCAAUUUCCCGUGAUUUGGGUAAUGGCUCUCUGUGUUAUAUGAUGUGAUGGUAAUGGGUCUCUGUGUUUACUGGUAAUAUUCUGUGAUGGUAAUGGCUCUCUGUGUUAUAUGAUGUGAUGGUAAUGGCUCUCUGUGUUAUAUGCUGUGAUGGUAAUGGCUCUCUGUGUUAUAUGAUGUGAUGGUAAUGGCUCUCUGUGUUUACUGGUAAUAUGGUGUGAUGGUAAUGACUCUCUGUGUUUACUGGUAAUAUGCUGUGAUGGUAAUGGCUCUCUGUGUUAUAUGAUGUGAUUGUAAUGGCUCUCUGUGUUAUAUGCUGUGAUGGUAAUGGCUCUCUGUGUUAUAUGAUGUGAUGGUAAUUGCUCUCUGUGUUUACUGGUAAUAUGGUGUGAUGUAAUGGCUCUCUGGGUUUACUGGUAAUAUGCUGUGAUGGUAAUGGCUCUCUGGGUUUACUGGUAAUAUGCUGUGAUGGUAAUGGCUCUCUGUGUUAUAUGAUGUGAUGGUAAUGGCUCUCUGUGUUUACUGGUAAUAUGAGUGAUGGUAAUGGCUCUCUGUGUUAUAUGAUGUUAUGGUAAUGGCUCUCUGUGUUAUAUGCUGUGAUGGUAAUGGCUCUCUGUGUUUACUGGUAAUAUGGUGUGAUGGUAAUGACUCUGUGUUUACUGGUAAUAUGCUGUGAUGGUAAUGGCUCUCUGGGUUUACUGGUAAUAUGCUGUGAUGGUAAUGACUCUCUGUGUUUACUGGUAAUAUGCUGUGAUGGUAAUGGCUCUCUGUGUUUACUGGUAAUAUGGUGCGAUGGUAAUGACUCUCUGUGUUUACUGGUAAUAUGCUGUGAUGGUAAUGGCUCUCUGUGUUUACUGGUAAUAUGGUGUGAUGGUAAUGGCUCUCUGUGUUAUAUGAUGUGAUGGUAAUGGCUCUCUGUGUUAUAUGCUGUGAUGGUAAUGGCUCUCUGUGUUAUAUGAUGUGAUGGUAAUGGAUCUCUGUGUUUACUGGUAAUAUGGUGUGAUGGUAAUGGCUCUCUGGGUUUACUGGUAAUAUGCUGUGAUGGUAAUGGCUCUCUGGGUUUACUGGUAAUAUGCUGUGAUGGUAAUGGCUCUCUGUGUUAUAUGAUGUGAUGGUAAUGGCUCUCUGUGUUUACUGGUAAUAUUAUGUGAUGGUAAUGGCUCUCUGUGUUAUAUGAUGUGAUGGUAAUGGCUCUCUGUGUUAUAUGCUGUGAUGGUAAUGGCUCUCUGUGUUUAAUGGUAAUAUGUGUGAUGGGUAAUGACUCUAUGUGUUUACUGGUAAUAUGCUGAUUGAUGGUAAUGGCUCUCUGUGUUUAUGGUAAUAUGGUGUGAUGGUAAUGGAACUCUCUGUGUUUACUGGUAAUUGCUGUGGUUUGAUAAUGGCUCUCGGGUUUGCUGGUAAUAUGUGUUGUGAUGGUAAUGGCUAUCUGUGGUAUAUGCUGUGAUGGUAAUGGCUCUCUGUUAUAUGCUGCAGCGUGUGUUUUGUAAUAUAACAUUACAAAAGUAUGCACGCAUGAUGUAAGUCGUUUGGAUAAAGCAUCUGCUAAAGGCCAAUGAUUUUAUAUUAUUGAUUAUUUAUUGGUAAUGGGCUCUCCGUGUUAUAUGAUGCUGAUGGUAAUGGCUCUCUGUGUUAGCGGUUAAUUAUGCUGUGAUCGUAAUGGCUCUCGGUGUUUACUGGCUAAUAUGGUGUGAUGGGUAAUGACUCCUCUGUGUUUUACUGGCUUAAUAUGCUGUGAUGAUAAUGGCUCUCUGGGUUUACUGGUAAUAUGGUGUUGAUGAGUUAAUGGGCUCUCUGUGUUAUAUGAUGUGAUGGUAAUGGUAUCUCUGUGUUAGCUGUUAAUAUGCUGUUAUAGGCAAUGGCUACUCUCUGUUGUUAUAUGAUGUGAUGGCUAAUUGUCUUCUCUGUGUUAUAUGCUGUGAUGGUAAUGUCUCUCUGUGUUUACUGGUAAUAUGGUGUGAUAGUAAUGGCUCUCUGUGUUUACUGGUAAUAUGGUGUGAUGGUAUUGGCUCUCUGUGUUCUAUGAUGUGAUGGUAUUGGCUCUCUGUGUUAGCUGUUAAUAUGCUGUGAUGGGAGCAGCCUAGGCUUUGAUCACACACACACCUCAUAGAGCUAUACUUUUUAAUAAGGCUGCGGCAGACCUGUCUGUCAUAGAAGUGACUCAGCACACGUGUACUGUACUUUACUACACACAGACACACAGUCGCUGUACACACACACACACACACAGUCGCUGUACACACACACACACACACACACACACACACACACACACACACACAUACACAUACACACAUGUAUACACACACACCAACAUACAUUUAUAUACACAGAUAGACAGACUGAGAUAUUCCUACAAAAACACAUAAUAUACACAUUUUCCAAAGUUUUAUUAACGAUCUGCAUCACAGCCUGUGGCCGGCCCUCUCCUGUGAAGAAAGUGGACUCGGCCUCGGGUCUUCGGGUGGUAGGUGGAGUCAAUGCCCUGGAGGGGGAGUGGCCAUGGCAGGUCAGCUUGCACUUCUCUGGCUACCUGUACUGUGGAGCCUCUGUCCUCUCUUCUGAUUGGCUCAUCUCAGCAGCACACUGCUUCAGCAGGGACAGGUGUGUAUGCAGUCUACAGACUGACUGACCACAUAAUGACCAUGUUAUAACUACUGUACUGAAUAGAAGUGGACCAGGUACAUACUGACCACUGAUAACAGAUUGACCCCAGCCCAACAUCAUCAUCCACAUGCAACUUUUCUCUGGCAAUGACAGUAAUGAACAAAAUGAGCUUUUCACUUCAUUUAAUAAAGUUUAUUUACAUGUUCCCUGUUCAGCCAUAACCUUUGACCUCUAACCACUUCCUCUUGACCCUCCCAGGCUGUCAGACCCGCGCCAGUGGAGCGCCCACCUGGGAAUGCUGUCCCAGGGUAGUGCCAGGCACGUGGCAGAGAUCCAGCGCAUCGUUGUGCACAAGUACUACAACGGGCUGACCUUUGACUAUGACAUCGCCCUGUUGCAGCUGAGGAACCCCUGGCCCUCCUCCCUCAGCUCCCUCAUCCAGCCUGUGUGUCUGCCGGCCACCUCACAGACCCUCACACAAGCACACCGCUGCUGGGUCACAGGCUGGGGGUACCGCUCUGAGGAGGGUGAGAGACAGAACCACGACUAACAAUGUGUACAUCAGAACCAUGGAUAUGCAGAGUUUGAUAUACUAGGCCUCUCACAUGCAGAUCAUGUUCCCCUCUUCUCUCCUCAGAUAAGACCCUUCCCACAGUGUUACAGAAGGCGGAGGUGUCCGUCCUGGAUCAGAGUGAAUGUAAAAGGAGGUACGGCCCCAUCUCGCCCCGCAUGCUGUGUGCCGGAGUCCCCUCUGGACAGCAGGAUGCCUGCAGGGUGAGUGGUCAACAACCACCCUCAAACUUAGUGUGCUCUUAUUCCCCUAUGCCCUUUACAUUAAGUGUGCCAUUUAGCCCUCAUUCUUAGUAUGCCCUUAUCCCCUUUACCCAUAGGCCCUAAUCCUUAUUGUGACCUUUUCGCCCUCCCCAGGGGGACUCAGGGGGUCCUCUGUCGUGCAGGGCCCCCGAGGGGCGAUGGUUCCUCACAGGCAUUGUGAGUUGGGGGGCGGGGUGCGGCAGACCCAGCCUACCAGGCGUCUACACCCGCGUUAAUAAGUUCACCACCUGGAUCCAGAGCCACAUCAUCACCUGA